GACGAGAGCUGAGGCGAGCUGUGGGAGGCAGCUGUCACAAGCAGGGAGAUGUGGCAGGUUGUGGGGGAAUGUGAGGUUUAUGAGAGGUGUUAGCUCCUCUGGGCUGGGAUGUUGGUCCUGCUGGUGAGGGGUCAGAGCUUUCCUGGGGCACAGGCUGCUUGCUGGGGUGCCGGUGGCUGCAGAAGGAUGCUGCCGGGUAAGGCGAGGCUGUGGCCGGUUGUGUGACUAGGAGCUGUCAUGUGUCUCCCCAGGAUGCCUGUAACCUGCCUCCUUUGCAGGUGUCGCAGCAGACCCGAGCUGUGGCCUUUGCGAGGCAAUGGCGGUUGUCAGCGUGAUUGUCAGUUUCCUGUUCUCUGGAACACCCGUUGGUUGUGCAGCUCCGAAAGUGGCUGUUCAUAUUGUUUCCUGUGUGUGACCUUUUUGCGUUCUCUUGUGGCAUGCUGCUUUGCCCUAAGACUUUAAAGACAAGCAGGAAAUUGAGAGAAGUCCCAUUUCACUGGACACAAGUUCCUUUGCUGGAACAGAGCAAUUUUGGUCUGGGAGUAGGGGGGAAGCAGCAUAGGACACUCAUGUUCAAAGCCACAAUGUGGACUCCUCAGUUUUGAUCUUGUUUCUUGCAAACCUAACUUUAGAAUCGUGGCACCAAAAUUAUUUCUGUCAUCCCUGAAGAUGAAAUAUAAGGGUUAUAAACCAGCAGUGGGGUCACAUAAGAUGACUUGAAAUGCACCUGAUUUUCACCUGGAUAAAUUCAUAGAUGUGGUCAAGUUUAUUCUGGGUGUUAUCACCCUGUCACAAGAGUAAAAUCUGGAUCUUGGAGCUGAAUGGGACUUUUCUUUGCUCUUGGAGGAGGCAGAGGAAAGGAGAAGUUUUCUGACUAGUGAAAUCCACAUCAACUCUAUUUGUGUUUAAAUAAUACUCAAACAUGACUCUUUUUAUUCCUUAUUUUACCUGUGGUGUUUUAUACCCUCCAGCAGGUGCUGCUGUUUCCUGCUGAUGUUGUCUUUGUGCAGGAAAAAAAAGCAGUCACUGGAUUUAAUGCUGUGCAACUGGACUUUGUUCUUUGUUUUGCAUCAUGUAUGCCUGUGUUCUCUUUUCUUCAUUAAGAUAUUUGCCAGAAGAGUGACUAAGGAGGGAAUUUUUACAAUCCCAGCAUACUUAAUCCUGCAAGAGCACUUUGUAAGAAGGGUUGAAGAUCAAGGGAGUUGCUUAUCAAGGCCAUGCUCAGAGCAAGUUGAACAGAUGCAGGUAGACAUACUUUUUUAUUUCUAAAAAUGUGAAGAAAUGCAAGUGUUUUCAUAAAGGUCAAAAAUACUCAAAAAAUAAAGUAGUAACAUUUUCUCGUUGGCUUGUUGGCUUUCCCAAGCUUCUUGAGCUUUAGUAAAUUAAGCUCAUAAUUUUAAGUCAGUUUUAUCAUCACUCUAAUAGCUGGUAUGGAAUGCUUGAAGUUUGCAGUACAGAUGACAGCAUGAAUUUCAUAAUCUCUUGUUUAGGAUUUCCACAUGAAUAAUUCUGACUGAAUUACGUGCAGAAAAUGUAAAUAGGAGAUGUGAUUGAUUCUGCUUGCUGAUGGACUGCAUGUGCCAGGCAGCAAUUUGUGGGUAAUAACAGUUGAAAUUAGGCCUUGAUAUGGGUUAGAUAUCCUUGGAGCCUCUGAGGUGCCCUCAUGAGCUAAGAGAUCUCCUUGAUCUCUGAUACUUACCUGCGUCUUUGUACUGUGUUGCUGAUUGUGACUAUGUUUUUGGCACUUUUGGCAUUAUCUAGGAAUCUUAGUUGAAUAUAAGUUUGAUAAGGUGAAGUGUUGGUUUGCUUUUGAUAUUGAACUUUAAUAGUUGUCUAAAAAGUUCAAUAUAAGAAUAAAGACAGUCAAUUACUAUUAUAAAUCUCAGACAGGAAGCACCUGCUACUCUACAAUGUAAAGAAGCAUGUGGUCCCCUAGUUCUGUUUGGAGAUGGCUGCAAUUACAAUCCUCUUUAAUCUCUCUCCUCUGUUUCUUUUACAAAUCCAGCCUUGCUGUAGCAGUUACCUUGCAUGAAGCUACAAGGAUGAGUCAAGGAGGAAAAUGCCUUUAAUUUAAAUUGUGGCUCAACCCCAAAAGAUUAAAUAUAAUUGGAUCCUAACAGUUCUUGUAAUAAUCCAUAUAAUCCAGAUGUAGUAAACCUCUAGAUAAAAAGUCAGUCAGGUCUGAAGCUCUCACAACUUUGAUAAAUUCAGAUUUGAAUCUGUAAUGAUUUUCAACUCCACUGAUUUCAGAUGCUCUGGAAUCUCUAUCCAUCUUUAAGAAGGAUGCUAAAACUGAAAGUAUUCAUCUGCUUUAGACUGCGGGGUUUUCUGUGUGCCUCUGUCCUCUAGAGAAAAGAAACUGCAUGGAGAAGGAGGCUAAAUAGGUUGCUGAAGUCAAGCAUCAUUAACCCAACUUUGGCAGCUUAGGUCUAUGACAUGGAGAUGUAGAACCUGAAUGUGAUUACAAGUAAUUAAUAAAUUAAGUAUGCAUAAUAAUAAUUAAUGCUUAUUCAGUGGUUUUUUUUCCCCUUCCUAGAUUCCAGGGUGGCUCACAAGCCUUUUACAGUCUUGGCCCUAGUUUAUAGAUGAGAGGAUGAAGUUGUUAAAUGUGGAGUCAUUCAAGGUCAAAUAAACCACUGUCAAAACUGGAAAGAGUUCAAGUUUGAUGGCUUUUUCUCAUGGAUAUACCACUUUAUAAUUUUUUAUAUUUGUAGGGUUUUUUAUAAAUUAUUAUAAUUUGCUGAUGAUGUUGUAAGUAACCAGUGAAAAUAUGCAGAUGUUUGCUUGUUUUGUUGAGGCACUUUUGCCUUGCUUUUCCUUGAAGCUAGGUUUUUGUGGGUUGAAAAUAUGAGUAAAUGGGUGAAGUCUGCAUUUGUUUCUCUUUACACAAAAUAUGCAUAAGAUUGCCAGUAAAACUAUUUUUGACUUCCCGUGGAAAAAAUACAUAUUUCUUUAUCAUAGCUUUGUAGGUGCUUUGUCUGUUCGUCACUGUACUUGGCCAGACUAUAUCUUGAUGAACAAGUGAUUCCAUCUCCUAAGAUACAGUAACCAGCAGUCAGAUCAACAAAGGGGUUAAAACUGAGACAGCCCUUUUACUUCAGUGGAAGUGUAGUUGUUGAUUUAUAGCUCUCAGUAAAUGAUUGUUGGAGAUCUGCCAUGUGUAGCAGAGCGUUCAGAAAGCACACCACAGACUCUGCUUCCUCCUGAAGAGCAUUUGUCAAUAUCUCACUUUAACUGCAGUCUUGUAAGGUACCAGCAGGCAGGCAAAACUCACCAGCCAGCAGUCAUGGAAGAUCAGGUCUUUAACAGUGUUUAUCAAAAUGUUAACACCACCAAUAUCUAUGAGAUUCAGGACUCUAAAGAAGACAAAAGGGAUAAUCUUUAUGAUCAUGUCCAUGAAGAUCCAGUAUCUCCUUCUUCCAUCACUACUCUCCCCGAGAGCAUGGAUAGUAGCCAGGACAGCUCAGAAGAUAGCUGUAGUAAUUCUGUUGCCUUUCAGCAUGGGGCUGAUGGGGAGGAUGGUUCUUCAUCUCACCAUGGUGCUGAAGAAGACCACCCAUACCAGGAGAUGGAUCUGAUGAGCCCAACUCUGGAAGAUAAACAUGUAGAGGGCAUGAUGUUUAAGAGCAACAUGCAUUUUCCUCUGGAUUUCCAGUUGCGUCGGAGCCGGAGCACUUCUUCCAACUCUCCAACUUCCCUCAAGUUCCCUCUUAACAAUAACUUUGGAGAAACUGACAAUUUUCAGGAAGAUUGUGAGAUUUUCAUGUUUGUAAAGGCUGGGAUAGAUGGAGAAAGCAUUGGGAACUGCCCGUUCUCCCAGCGUCUCUUCAUGAUCCUCUGGCUCAAAGGAGUUGUGUUCAACGUCACCACUGUUGAUCUGAAAAGAAAGCCAGCUGACCUACACAAUCUGGCUCCUGGGACCCACCCACCUUUUUUGACUUUUAAUGGAGAAGUCAAGACAGAUGUUAACAAGAUUGAGGAAUUCUUGGAAGAGACUCUCGCACCUCCAAAGUACCCCAAGCUGGCUGCCAAGCACCGGGAAUCAAACACUGCUGGAAUUGAUAUCUUUUCCAAAUUUUCUGCAUACAUCAAAAACACCAAGCAGCAGGAUAAUGCUGCCCUUGAAAAAGGUUUGGUGAAGGCUCUGAAGAAACUGGAUGACUAUCUGAGAACCCCUCUGCAGGAGGAGAUUGAUGCAGACAGCACUGAAGAGGAGAAAGUUUCUAAACGCAAGUUUCUGGAUGGAGAUGACCUGACCCUUGCUGACUGCAAUCUUCUGCCCAAGCUCCAUGUUGUCAAGAUUGUUGCAAAGAAAUACCGCAACUUUGAGUUCCCAACGGAGAUGACAGGGCUGUGGCGGUACCUGAAGAAUGCGUAUGCCAGGGACGAAUUCACCAACACCUGUGCAGCUGACAAGGAAAUUGAGCAAGCCUACGCAGACGUGGCCAAGCGGCUCAGCAAGUCCUAAGUGACCUCAGUGGUGGCUCAUUAUCCCCUUUUACAGACUCUUCUCCCUGUUGCCUUAAGAUAUACUUUGUUGUUAUGCUAUCCGGUUGGCAUCCCUAUGACUUCAUCUGUUCAAGUGUAUUGGUAAGGGACAAAUCUGCUUCUCCCUUGAGAAAAGAGAAGGCAGCUCUAGUGUGGGAUCAUGGAGACCCUUUGAAAUCUGAACCUGAGAUCUUGCUCAACUAGUAUUAUUUCCAAUCAGUAUUUGAAAUUGAUCCACUUUACUAGCUGCUUUUUUUCAUUUUGGGGUAUAUCAUCACCUGUAUUCUUUGGAGUUUUAAAAAUAGGAUGUUAGCUGAAUUUUCAGGAGUUAGGAACACAUAGAAUGGGUUCUUCUGUAGGCUAUUUCAAGGAUGAUUUUUCCCCUAGUGCUAUUGACAUCCUUGAGGCAGGAGCAAAAUCUGAGAGGGGGUGGGGGGAAAGGAGUAUGACAGUAAAGGGGAAAUACUUUUAGCAGUUAUAUUUAAAACAAACAACUCUCAGACUGCAUAUUCUGUUUUAGCAGGCCCAAGAGUUUAUAGGGCAUUUAUUUUUAACUUGGCACAAGAGGGGGAAACCUGAGCGAGUAUGUCAGAUUUGCAGAUGCUACUUUGCAUAGAAUUUACAUGAUAUUGUUGGAUCUGAAUGUUUAAACAAAAGAGAGUGAACAAGCAAUCGGAUGGGCAGCCCUUGGAUCUGCAAGUUAGUAGUGACAUGUAGACACAGCGAUAAUGGGGACAGCCUAUUGUUUCCAGUGACUAUAGAGGGAAUCGGCAAAGCUAACCAAACGAUGCAGGGUAUUGUCAUCUUGACUGUGUGGUUGCCAGUUCCUUUAUGAUUGCUAUCUUGGGAAACUUGGAUAGGCAGGAGAAAGCUACUGCUGCACAUGAAUUCCAGGUAGGGGAGGCAUUUUCCUUAUGUUGGGCUCCAAAUGGGUCUCUUUCAAGCACUCGUCAUCUCACCCCAGAAGUUUGCUCUGAGAGCCUCAGAGGGCAGGUUAAAACAGAGAGAGGCACAUUUCCAUCCAGAAAUUCAACAAGUAUGGUAGCCAAAAUCCAUUCAUGAUGCUUUAGUCCCGUUCAUCCAGGGUUGACCCAUCCAGGUUGCAUGAUUCUGAAUUAGGAUUAUGUUCUAAAACUGAUUAUUUGUUCUAUCUGUAGCAUCUGUGUGGCACAAUCUGCUUUAUAUGAGUGAUUAUUUGCACCUUACUUUAGCAAAUUCAGAAUGACAGCUCUUUUGCAUGAAACCCAGCUGCCCUGAUAUGUACAACAGUGCACAUGGCUCUUGAUUUUCAGCUUGGGGAGAUAUAGUGUUUUUUUCAAGGAUAAAAUAAAGCUAAGAUGUAACCCAAGGUGGCUUCCCUUAUGAUGAGAUUUGCUAGAGCUGCACUGAUUUGAAGGGAAUCACAAACUGGUGAGCUCUGACCGAGGGGAAUCUCACAGCAGAGAGAUUCUUGUUUGGCUCCAAAAAGCUGGAGGACUGAAGACAGGAUUGAAAGUCAGCCUUUGCCAUGUGAUGCUGAUGACAAUCUGAAGCCAUCCCCUUGCUUUGGUGGGAUUAUUCCACUUUUCACACUAACCAGCUGGGAGCAGAAUGUUGGUUGUUGAUUGUGAAGAUAGUUUGUGGUUGACUAUUGUUUCACAUGCAAUAGUCAAUUUGUUCCAAACUUUCAAAAUCUUAGAAGAAAAUACAUGAACUCCCAAGUCUUCUCCUAGAAUGGGCUGUUUUAACGGUGGCUAGACUGGAGAGCAAAGGCUCACACUCUUUAAAACACUGCUGAAAAAUCAACUGGCUCAGAGAACACUGAUAGCAGCCAGAAAAAUCUAAUGAGAUUAGAAGUGUCUGCACAAGCAUAUGUGGCUUGUUAAAAACAUUUCUUCAUGAGGUUGGAAUUAUUUGUAAUUUAUUAUUUUUUUUAAUCAUGGCAAAUAUUUAUUUAUUUAUUUUAAUUGACUCAGUCCUUUCUGUUUGUCUUUCUGGUUUUCACUCAUCAUACUGGUCAACAUGGCUCUGUCUGUUUAGAAAGGUCUCAUCAGCAAUGCUCUGCAAAUUCAUUUCUAGAGAAAAGUCUUCUAUCUGAUUAAUGGUCACUGGGAUUUUUUAAUUUUUACUAUGAUUUGGCUAGGGGCAUGCCCAUCAACAGAAUCUACCUUUUUCUCAGUUGAUUUUUUCCAGGUUUGUACUUCAGUUAGUGCUUUUGCUUAAUCACAGUCGCAAUGAAUCUUUGAAUAAAGACGCAGAGGCAGAUGCAGGUUCUUAUGCGCUUAUUAUAUUUAGCUCCUUAGAGAAGAUUGUCUGAAUAUGCAGCAGAUCUCAGGCAGGGUAAGCAAACCGCUUCAGGGUCUGACCUCAUUUGCACCUGAAUCUUCACCAAUUUACUGGAUCCUGUAGUUCUGAUAUAUUCUAAUGUCUUUCUUUAGUUUUGCUAGAAGAGGGCUAAAUCAUAAUCAGUUGAUCUCAGUGACCUCCAGUUGCAUUUAUUUGUAAAAAACUGUGUUUAAAAAUGAUUGAGCUUAUAUCAAAAAGAAAAUGAGCUGUUAGUGCAAUGAGCUUUUUAAAAUGAUUUUUAUGUUCUUAAAAUCAUCUAGAAUUUCAUUAUAAAAUCUGAAAAUCCCCAAGCUACCUUCCUUUUAAUUAAUAAGAAUAAAAUAAAUCCUUAAACAUCUUCAUUAUUCUAACACCCCCAAGAUACCCUAGAUAGAGGUACUGAUGGAUAUAAGAAAAAUAAAGAUAUAAGAAAGAGGAAAAUGAAACAGUUUUCAGCUACUGUGCCUGUUCUAUCUGAAUUCAAGUCUCACUCUGCAUCCUAACUUCGCAUUUUACUUAUAACUCUAUUAUAGGCUGAUCCAAGAUCCAGGCAUUACCGGACCUUUGUUUGGGUUCGAAAUCCAAGCUCAUGUUUUCAGAUCUGUAUCUUUUGCUCACCUUUGUGCUUUUUGGCUUUAGCCAUAGUCAGAAGCAGGAAAUACUGGAAAUCCUACAUAAAAAAGUGUUUUGCUAAGACUUUUAGCUCACUCAGGAUCCAUCACUAGUGAGAUUUUAAAGGGCUCCAGACUCCUUUAGGCAGGGUAUGUUUGGUGACCUUCCAUUGUAUUUAGAAUUAUAAGUAAUAAAUAUUAAUCAUCCAGGAUUGUAUAUCUACAUUGGCAAGGCAGCAUUUCUGAAAAGAAUCUAAGUGACAAGACAGACAUUGCAGAUUUACAAUAACUUUGUUCAUAAAUUUUUUGCAAGAUGUAAAGAAAGACAUAGUGCAGAGGGGGAAGAAGCCAACAAUGUGGAUUUAAUCAUCUACAUUUCUGAAAUGCAGACCAAAUGUCUGUAAAGAUGUCCAUUUCAUCCAAACAUUUCUUAGAUAUUUAUUUCAAAGCUCCCUGUUCAGUCAAUCCAACACUCCAUUCAUAUUGGAACUAAUACUGAUUUUUCUUCUAUUAGCAGCAGUAUGGGAGUGCUACAGUAUCCCAUGCAUUAGUUACACUUACUCUCUGUUAGGCUUUUUGAAUUGCCAAGAAGUCAUCUUGCUGUACAGGUAGGACUAAAGAAGUAUUUUUUUUCACGAGUAUUUAAAUGAGGGCUUCUGACAAACAUUUUCUUCCAAUACCAAGAAUCUUAUAAUAAUACUGCUUUAUCAGGUCUAGUGUGGAAUAUAGAGCUACAGGUUGUUUGCAACACCUGCAAAGCCACUGACAGGGAGGAAUGACAGUCUAUAUCACAAAGGAACUAAACUGAGUCAGUUUCCUACAAGAAGGUUCUGCUGAAUUGCACAUUGCAUUUAUUUUGAAUAUGUAUCCAUUUAAUUUUAACCCCUAGCCACCUUUCCAUAUCUCUCAUCCCUGUUCAAAUUCAAUCUCAAGUUAGCCAGAAACAUUCUGUCAUUUCUUCAGUGUUAAGUAACAGGGUGCU